AUGGGGAGACUCUUGGACAUUACGGGUGAUGUGGGUACGUACUAUCUUGGAGUUGCGAGAACCGCUCGAGUUAGUGAAGCAGUUAUGCGUCAGCGAUGUAACAUCAGGGGGCAUAGAAGUAGGCAUUGUCAUGCUCUUCAUGACUGUAUCCAGAAUGAAAGGGUACCUCUUGACGAGCAUGGCAGAGACGUGGUGCUAUGGAAGCAUGCGGAGAACACCUAUGAAUCACACUUCUCAUCGAGUAAAACCUGGGAUCAAAUACGGGUGAAAAAGGAUAAGCAAAUUUGCUUGAUGUGUGGAGAAAGGGAUGAGUCGAGGGACCAUAUCUUUUUUGCUUGUCCCUUUACCUUCACUGUUUGGAACAGACUUGCAGGCCGGUUAUGUGGUAGAAGGAUCAAUCCUGACUGGAGUCUCACUUUGCAGUUUGUUACUAGAAACACUCUUAGCAACAUGGACAAGAUACUUGUCCAAAUGGUGUUUUAG